AGCUCUCGAUCCUUUGUUUAUUCUGCUAUUCUUUGUCUGAUCUGUGCAGCCUUUGAUGUUCUUGUUGCACAUCCAUAGUUAUUGUUUUCGGUCGGAUCUCUAGAAAUGAGACCCUUGGUUGUGAUAUUCAGAUUAUAGCUCUGGAUUGCAUUCGAGUUUAAUCGGGUUUCUAGGGUUUAGCAGCUUGUGGAACUACUCUGGACUUUAUUUUGGGUUUCCGGAAAUCAGAUUUUCGUCUGGAUGAGGCUGUCGAGGAAGAUGGAUGAUCAACAUGGAUACGCUGUGGAAGUCACUGGUUUGUCUCCCGCUGUUACAGAGAAGGAUCUAUAUGAUUUCUUCUCCUUUUCUGGUGCAAUUGAUCACAUUGACAUUGUCAGGUCGGGCGAGCAAGCUUGCACCGCUUACGUCACUUUCCAGAAUUCUUAUUCCCAGGAAACUGCUGUUUUGCUUAGUGGGGCAACCAUAUUGGAUCAGCGUGUUUGCAUAAUCCCUUGGGGCCAGCAUCAAGCCGGCUUUGACUUUUGGAAUGCAGCUCCAAGGAGCUACGGAGAUGAAUCCAAUUCACAUGCUCCGUUUGACGCAGGAGAAGCAGUGUCAAAAGCUCAAGAAGUAGUCAAAACUAUGGUAGCAAUGGGGUUUGUUUUAGGGAAGAAAGCUAAAGCCUUUGACGAAUCUCACGGUGUCUCGGCCACAGUUGCAGGCAAAGUAUCAGAACUCGACCAGAAGAUGGGUCUGACUGACAAAAUCUUCACAGGAGUUGAAGCGGUUAGGUUAGCAGACCAAAGGUACCAUGUUUCAGACAAGGCCAGAUCAGCUGUCUCCGCCACCGGAAGAACCGCUGCUGCGGUGGCUACCACCGUUGUCAAUAGCAGUUAUUUCUCCCGUGGCGCCCUCUGGUUGUCCAGCACUCUAGACCGAGCCGCCAAAGCAGCCGCCGACCUCGGCAACCGUGGCGGCGGGCCCAGUCAGUGAAGUAUGCUCCGAGCAAAAACCAUCAGUGAUUUGUGAAUAUGUAACGCUACUUACUUACGUAGCUCACAUUUGGAGACUUGUACUGACAUGAACUUUGUGCAUAUUCGAUAGAUAUAAGUAAAUGAUGAGUGAAUGAUAGAAUUUUGCUGGUUUGAAUAAAAAAAAACUUGAAAGCUUUAUUGGAAUA